AUGAAAGCAACAGCUGCCUUUGUACUUCUUUCUCUGGCCCUUUUAUGCUUCUUCUCAGAUGUCAGCAGUCAAGGAGGAGGGAAGGACAAAAGAGCCUGGAUUCCAAGGUUAUCGGGCCGAGUGUUUGGGAAAAGUGUCUUAAGGAAUCAUCUCUCUCAAGUGGACUGCGGUGAAUUUCGAGACCCUAAAGUAUACUGCACCAGAGAAUCUAACCCUCAUUGUGGCUCCAAUGGACAGACUUACGGCAACAAGUGUUCCUUCUGUAAAGCAAUGGUGGAAAGUGGUGGAAAGGUGACAUUAAAGCAUCAGGGAAAAUGCUGA